UCGAUGCAGAGUGUCCGGGUGCAGGGCCGUGCUGCGGACCCGGACCAUGGUGCAAGUUGCUGCUGGCUCUCGGAGCGGCGGGGGCGAGGCCAAUGAAUGCGGCGAAAUGGAGCUUCGUGCUGUGCGCCUCGGUGAGCGCCGCCGUCUGCCUGUGCAUCUACAUCAGCAGCGGCAAGCUCCGGCGGCCCGUGCCCCAGGCCUGGCCGCUGCACCCGGCUGAGUGCGGCGACUACCCGGACGAGCUGUGCGCCGCGCUCUUCCAGGGCAAGGCGGCCGCCGUGGGGCUGGGGGCUCGGUGUGAGCAGCUGCACCGUGCCGAGGCCAGGGCCCCGGGGCCGCUGAACUGCUCCCGCCUGUUGGCCGCGCACUCCUACAUCACCGAGCCCCUGUCCCAGGAGGAGGCGGACUUCCCCCUGGCCUACAUCCUGACCGUCCACAAGGACCUGGACACCCUGCUGUGGCUCUUCAGGGCCAUCUACGCCCCGCAGAACAUCUACUGCAUCCAUGUGGACGACAAGAGCUCGGCCGAGUUCAGGCGCCGGCUGCAGGAGCUCGCCUCCUGCUUCCGCAACGUCUUCCUGGCGUCCCGCAGCGAGGCCGUGGUGUACGGCGGCUUCUCCCGGCUGCAGGCGGACAUCAACUGCAUGCAGGAGCUGGCGGGCUCCCCGCUCCGCUGGCAGUACGUGAUUAACCUGUGCGGCCAGGACUACCCGCUGAAAACCAACCGGGAGCUGGUGCGCUUCCUGAAGAGCCAGCGGCGGGGCCGGAACAUCACCCCGGGGGUGCCGCAGCCAGAGCACAUGAAGCCCAGGACCGCUCACGUCCACCGGGAGCACCUCGCCCCCGGGCAGUCGUACGUGAUCCAGACCUCGGCCAAGAAGGCGGGCGGCGUCCCCCACGGCCUGAAGCUCUACUUCGGCUCCGCUUACUACGUGCUGACCCGCGGCUUCGUGGGCUUCGUGCUUCAGGACGUGCGGGCGAGGGACCUGCUGCAGUGGUCCCGGGACACUUACAGCCCGGAUGAGCAUUACUGGGUCACCUUGAAUCGGAUCGCAGAUGCACCUGGAGCAGAUCCCGAUGCUGGGUGGGAAGGCAAUGUAAAGUUAGUUAAAUGGCUGGACCAGACUAAAGUGGCCCACGAUGGUUGUAAAGGUCACUAUGUUCGCAACAUCUGUGUCUAUGGUUUGGGAGACCUGGAAUGGCUUGUUCAAAAGGACUUUUUAUUUGCAAACAAGUUUGAAGUCAAGAGCCACCCACUAGUGGCACAGUGCUUGGAGCGGUGGUUAAGACCAAGAGCUUUGUCUCAUUCUGAAGUACCUAUUCAGCAAGAAUGGUACAUUAAGAAAAACAAGUGUUUCUUUGAUAUUGAAGGCAACAACUGCAGCAUCCCUUUGAAGUGAUAAAUGUUUGUACAGAAAGAAAGCUAAGAGUUUUUGUGUCCCACCUCCUUUCUCCAAUUCUAAAAGGAAGCUGUUUUUCUGUCAUUGGUUAGGUAGAAAAUGUUGUCGCCUCUUCCUUUUUGAACUUAGUUGCUUCCCCUAUGUCUUUCCUCUGGCCCUCCAUUUUUAAUCACCCCGGAAGUUUUCAUGUUUCAGUUAUUGGUUUUUCUGCUGGACAUUUUGAGAGUGAAAAAGGUGAAUGGAUGGUCAGCGCUGCCAUCGUUCCUGUUACUAAUGUGCAAUCACCUGAUAGAAGAUGCAGAAAAAUAACCUUGAGGUUUUUCUUUGUUUCUUCUGCCUGCUCAGUGCCUCCUUCACUUGGUACUCUUUUUCCUUUCCUGACCUUAGAAAAGUUGACAACAUGGUGGAUGUAUACAUUACUUUCCAUAGAGUACAUUGAUUGCCUACUUGAGAAUCCCACCCAAGCAAAGGAUGCAUUUAAACUCAUGAAGAAAAUAGGAACAAGCAAAAGAACUUCUGGAAAAUCCGUGGGCACUAGACAAAAUAGACUGUAUUAACAAAGUUUAAGGAGAAAUAGAUUUAGCAAUUCAGAAACAUGGGAUUGUGAGAGAAAUAGUCAGAUUUUUUUAAAGGUCUGAUGCAUUAUACAAGGAAUUAUAAAUGAUUUAAUAUGGUAACUAUGGUGGGUAAACAUUGGAAGCAAAUAUUAAAGAACCAAUCUAAGAACAUCCAAGUUAACGCCUCAAUGGAAAAUAUUGUUCAACAAAUUUCGUUGAUAUUUUCUGAGGAUGUAACAAUUAAUUAAUAAGGAUGAGAAAAUGGGUAUGAUAUAAGUUUAGUAAGCCUGUGAUGAGAUUCAUCACACCUGAUGGAAUGAAAGCCAAAGGUAUUGAAAUUCAGGUAAGACAGUGUAUUAGUUUUAUUAAUGAGAAAUUGAGGGUAUUUAUUAAUAGUUUUAAUUCUAUUGAUCACGUAAAACCAAAAGAAUUUUGUGUUGGUGACUCUGCUGGUAUUUUUGACUAUGAUGGAAAUACUGCAAGUAUUGAAUAGCUAAAUCACUAUUGGUAUUUAGAAAUGUGACAACAUUGGAUAGUGAGAAGAUAACUGGUUACUGAUAAGAAAUAUAAAGGAAAGCAUUGCAUAUUUAAAGUACUUAUGAUACAGUUACAAAUACAAAGGCACUUUAAAGGUAAAUAAUCCAAUUUGAAUUAAUGCCAAAUCAGAGGAUGAGCUGCUACAAGGAAGAAUAAAGUCUUUAGUCAAGGAGAGAGGUUUAAAAAGGGUCUUCAAAUAAGUGAAGAGAUUUAAUGAAGGAAUUCCAGGUUGGAAAGCCUAGAAGACUGAAGGUACAGUUCUGAAUGGGCUGAAGGAAAUAUGUGAUAUUAAUAAAUUGCAAUCAGAACAAUACAGAGUUCUUUGGAUUGGAGGUGGGGGCAAGUUACAGGGGAUGUACAAAGCUGUAAGAAUAUUUAAAUGCAAAGAGGAAAACUUUAUAUUUGGAAACUCUGAACCAGCAUAGAUGAUGAUGAACAGAGAUUACUGGGAGUAGGGUUUUGUGAAGAAUAGGAUACAGAUAGUAGUUUUGGAUGUGGCGGUAUCUAAUAUUGAAAGAAGAGUCCUAGUCAAUAGCAAAAAUUACCGAAGCACUUAGAAUAUUUAAAAAUCUUUAAAUUGAUUGAUGGAACAAGUAUAAAUCCAAAGAAAGGGUUGUCACAAUGUGUUAACCACUGGUAAAGCACAACCUGAAGUAUUAUAUCUACAUUGGAUCAAUAAUUGCACAACUGCAGAUGCACUGAAAAAAAGUCAAAAACAGGGAAUAUGAGUAAUAUCAAUUCUUGUUGGCAGACCCUUGACUUGAACGUGGCAUCUAAUCAGGGAGAUAUGUUUAUACUGUGAGUCUUCAUGUGAUUGUUCAGGCUGAUUCUCGACUUGUGAAUUUUAUGUCACGAAGGGAAGGAAAUCUCACAAAGUAGUGGGACCCAAAGUACAGGAUUUGUUUCCAUUUUCCUUUUUGUACUGCCACUCUGCCUUGUUGUUUAAGACAUUUGGACUCAGCGUGAUGCGACUGAUGGGCAAGUUGUUGCCAUUUUAAACUAUUUAUAAAUGAGUUCCACGCAGUCACGCAUGCCAGUGCUGCUGUACUUGAACUUUAAAAUGUCUUUGUAGCAUUUUCUUUGUCCUCCCCGGGAACACUGGCAAGGGCCUGAGAAGAGUGCCCUGACAAUUAUAUUUAGUUAUGUAUGAGUUUUGCAUGAAUGCUUUUAGAGCUGUUUUCAAGAAAGACACUGGUGUUUGUAUGGUCCUCCAUUGAACAGAGCGUUUAAUAGAAUGAAAGAAUCUAUACAGUGCAGAUAUAGGCAAUUCAGCCAUUGAAUUUGCACUGACUUUCUGAGCAACAACUCACCCACAUCCAGCGCCUCACUCUAUCUCUGUAUUUCCCAUGGCUAAUCCACUUAAGCCUACACAAGCAUAAAUACUAUUGGGCAAUAUAGUAUGGCCAGUCCAUCUAACCUGCAUAUCUUUGGACCAUGGGAGAAAAUUGGCACACCUAGUGACAACCCAUGCAAGCAUGAGGCGAACAUGCAAACUCCACACAGACAGUCGAGGCUGAAAUCGAACCUGGUCCCUGGUGCUGUUGGCAGCAGUGCUAACGAUGGGGCAGCAUGGUGCCACAAAUGUGGUGGCAACAUUGCUGUUAGACAGCUGUUGUGUGUCACUAAUACACAGUCCAGAUUUCACUGCCAUGCAGGAAUGUGAUGAUGACAACUGCUCUGUAAAUUAGACCUUUUGUUUACUUGCAGAGGUCUCUGGUGUAAACACUUGCUGGUGAUACUCUGAGAUAUGUGGAAGCCAAAGAAUGGGAGAUGUUCAAGAUAUUCCAGUGUUGUCUUCAACAAAUCUUUAACUGACCAGUUUAAGUCUAAAGGGAGCUAAAUGUAUUCUCUGUCUAGAAAGGUUAAGUAAAAUUGUUUACAUUACACCUGUAGUAUCAGUGUAAAGUGAUGUUCCUUUUUUUAUUAAAUCUAAAUUUGUAAGUCCUGACCUGACUCUCAAAGCAACUAUUUUAGUCUUGAGGCAAUUUGGACCCUGACUCUUGAUUUACAUUAAAGUCUCUUGUCUUUUGACAGUGAAGCCACUUGAAUGGGUACUACUGUUAAAAUGUAAUUUUGCCUUAAGUCUGUGGGAGGACUGUCAAAGUGAAGGUGAAGAUAUUCUUUCUAUACAAGCAAAAGGAAAGAUUUUAACUAGUGAUGUAUUCAUUGUAAAAUUAGGCAUAGAGUGCAAUGUUUGUAGAUGUUCACUGGGGCUGUGGCUACAUAUCCCACCCCCAACAAAUGGUAUCAUACUUUAUUUUGUGUAUUUUCCACUUUUUUUUAGUAGCGAAUCAUGUUUACGAUGUUCAGUUGGCAACAUAAUCAUCACGUGGACAGAAAAUGAAUGGUUAAUCGUGCACUUUGGUAAACUGUUAACAAAAUAAUGUACUUGUUUUCUUGUACCAUUUAUGCUGUUUGUAACCUAGAAAUUACAGUUGAUUAAUUUCAUAUUCCAAUAUCUGCUAUUUUAUUGCAGGUGCCAGGUGAUUGCACUGAUUUUAGCAACAUAUUUAAGAUAGACAAUGUGUGGAUGGAUAAUGUUCAUGUGUUAACAUUACUAGAUUGAUCCAGAAUAAUAUAAUAGAUAUUUUAAUCUCAGUAUUCGUCACAAGCUUUAAGAUGUUGAUCACCAUUUUGCUUGACUGGAUGUUACAUGCUUCACCUUGUGUUUUUCAAAAUGAAUCUUGUAUUCCCAUUGGAAGUAUAUGCAAGUGAUAUACAUGGAUGUAAUAUGAAUAAUGACAAUAAAUACAUGUUAAACAUGA